GGUACUCUACUGCGUUGAUGGUUUUCAUCUGUCUCUUCCCGACGUUGAUGAGCACUUUGGUUUGCCGUGUUGUCACCACCCCACAACUUUACGGGAAAAUCACGGUUGCAGUUACAAUGAGUUCAGUUCACCCAUGUGCCAGAGCACUUGUACGCUGGCGGUCUCGUCAGUUGCAACACACACUGGCAUGGCGACUACAAAAUAGCAUGCCAAGCAAUGCUUUCUCAACGUCGUCGGUGCUGUCAGGUAAUCGAGCUAUAGUCUACGACACCAAUGGUGACCCAGCUCGCGUCCUGUCUGCAUUCUCCUUCCCUGAUCUGCCACCUCCGCCUCCAAACACCGUAAACAUAAGGCUUCUGCUUGCACCCAUCAACCCCGCAGACAUAAACGUCAUCGAGGGCGUUUACCCCGCGAAACCGGAGCCUGAUGUCUCCCUCUCCCAGGCUAAGGAUCACCCGCUAUUCGUGGGGGGAAAUGAGGGCCUGGGCAAAGUGAUGGCUAUCGGCGAUGGCGUGGUCGGUCUGAGGAAGGAUGAUUGGGUCGUUAUGACCAAGGCUCAGAGCGGAACAUGGUCGUCAGCGAAGAAUGUUGCCUUGUCAGAUGUCCUCAAAGUUCCCAAGCAGGGUCUGUCUGAGGCUCAGGCUGCUACUAUCACCGUCAACCCCCCAACAGCUUACAACAUGCUGCACGACUUUGCCCAACUUGUAGAAGGAGACUGGAUCGUGCAGAAUGGUGCGAAUAGCGCCGUCGGUCAAGCUGUGAUCCAAAUCGCAGCUGCCAAGGGGUACAAAACUAUCAACUUCAUUCGCGACCGUGAGGACGUUAAAUCGCUGAAACAACAUCUGGAAUCACUAGGUGCAACGCACGUCGUGACAUACGAUGAAUUAUCCGACAAGUCCUUCAGAGCGAAGAUCAAAACGUGGACUGUUGGCAAGGAUAUCCGCCUUGGUCUCAACUGUGUAAGCGGGGAAACGACCACCGUCAUGGCCCGACUACUUGGGAACAAUGCGCAUCUUGUUUCAUAUGGGGCGAUGUCCAAGGCGCCUCUUUCACUUCCAACGUCGCUCUUUAUUUUCAAAAACCUUACUUGCCAUGGAUUUUGGCAAAGCCGUUGGUAUAGCGAUAAAUCUCUAGAACAACGCCAGGAAUUGCUUGAGACGCUGACUGCCCUGAUGCGAGAUGGGAAGCUUCAGAGCCCUAACCAUGAAAUUUUGACGAUUGGCGGGACGGAGAGCGACGUCAGUGCGUCUGAAAAGAUUCGUGACCUCGUGGCACGCUUAGGGCAAGGGAUGUAUGGGAAGAAAGUGCUCCUGAGGGUCGAAGAAACUGCAUGACAUGGGCUGAUGCCCCUGUCCAGUGCAGCUGUGCCCGGUUGAUCGUUGCCGUCUGCCAUUUCCACUUGAUAAGACUUACCAUAUGCCAUAAAUAAUGAGGCCCAAGUGUCAUAGCCAUUAUGAUAUUUUCCGUGUACAAGUUCCAAGCCCGGAUGCUGAGAAUUGAAGUUGGCUUCCUCAUUUGGGCAGAC